CGUUUCUGUUGAAAAAUAUUUGAUUAGUGUCUUAUUUGUUUCAGAUUAUCAUCAAAUCAGAUUGAGCAAAUCAUACUAGAGAACUUGAUCAAUAGAUUCACUACACAAUCUCUACAUCAGAUUAUUGUCAUAAUCUCAACUUGACAUCAUCAGAUUGACAUUCUCUACAUAAAGCUCGUGCAAGUGAGAGCAAAGCAUGCUACAAGGCGAAAAAAAUUCAAAUUUCUUCCCCAGGCAUGGAACAACACGUGCUCCCACAUCGUUAUCAACAUCAUUCAGAUUUCAUUUUCUCACCUCUCAACACGGCUUCCGACCUAAUAACCAGUUGAGCUCUAGUCGAGGCAACAUACCUGAGAGGUUAACGAGCAAUCUGAAAAGGAAGCAUACUCGGUAUUUACACCUGUGCAGUCGAUACCUGUCAUUCACGCAGCAUCAACCAGCACAUAAUCUACCAUCAUGCCAAGGGAAAGAAGAUUACAUGGCGUCAAUUCAGCAGCGGUCCGUCAUCGCAUAACCAUCAACGAUCCCGAGGAAAUUGGUAUUGGAAACAUGCUCGAGAGAUCGAAACGGCACGUUUUUGAUAUAAUUAGGGAGCAUGCAGCGCGCCAUGAUGCCAAUGUGAAAUGGUUCAUCGUGUUGAAUGUUUUAUUGUAUAAAUUAGUGGUGAUAGAUAAUGAUGUUCGCGAGACUGUCUCAUCUCUAAUAAAUCUUCAUAGUUACUCCAACAUAGCGCUAAACGUGCUUGAGAAUUAUGAAGAUUUUAACGAUCAUUUCAUGUUUGCCAUAAGAAAAAUCCUGUUAUCUUUUGACAACUUUGUUCGACAUGGCAGCGGUUGGGUUUUGAAGAAAUUUGACUCACUGGAUGUGAAUGUGAUAAAAUUUAAUCCAAUAUUCACAUCCAGUUUCAUUCAAACACUGCAAUUUCUUAAAAACAAAAAUUGUAUUAUAAAUAUCAAAAAUCUGUCUGAUGAAAAAUGCUUUUUAUGGUCAGUCCUUGCGUAUUUCCAUCGGAAACCAAGGAACUCGCGCUUGACUGUAAAGUAUUUGAGCAAGUUUGCUCACACACUUAAUACGCAAGGUGUAAAUUUCCCGGUGACAACACGCGAUAUUAAGAAAUUUGAAAUGCUG